CAUAAGGCUAUCUCUUUCACUUCCCCGCAAUCAGACUUAUUUCAUGCUGAUAGGCUUCCUGCAGUAUUCAACCAUCUCUAUCAGCUCUCCGAGAUAUAGUGAGCAAUGAACCGAAACAGGCAGGCGCCGAACGCCAAUCGGUGCAACCAAUUUUUCCAGAAUGGUACAUGCAGAUUUGGAGCAAGAUGUAAGUUUCGCCAUGAGACCUCAUCAUCCCCAGCGGCUUCGCCUCAAGCAUCAACAUCACGUCGGGAGACGCAGGCUCCAGCCGAGGACAAGCUUCGAGAAUGGAAGCGAUUAUUGAACCACAGCCCAUCAAACCCACGUGCUAUACGAUCAUCGGCCUUCAUGAACCAGCAGGCGUACGACCGAUACUUCAAGCUCGCUCUAGAGCUCAUGGAAGGAGAUAUCGGCGCUUCACAAGCGACCGUAAAGCUUAUGGCUACAGAUGAUGGCCUUGGCUUCAUCAAGGAUCUCAUUGAGCGACAAAUUCCCCAGGCCAUAGACAGGCCCACGAAGAUACGUCUAUAUCUAAACCAGAUACAACCUAUGUUCCAGGUUCUCACCCAUACACGCGUUGUUGAUUCCAAUGUGCUUGAGCAACAAGUCGCCGAGAUUUAUAACUUCAUCCAAGGGAUUGGAGGACGACGGAUGAGAAGCCUAUUUGACUUCAUCUUGGGCUUACUCGAUGUUUGGUCUACUCUACCUAACUUGGCCGAGAAGGAUGAGUGUGGAAUUUCCACCUGUGAACUUUCGCUCUCGAUAUUGGCCACGAUGAUUGAUUGUGCUACGAGUAACAUCGUGAAUGAUAAUUUUGAGCAUAUUGUCAAGCGAUUCGGAAGUUUAGUUCAAGCCGCCACUUCUUCAUCUAACGAAUUCUCGAAGUUGCAAGCUAAGAAAUUCCUACAAUAUCUCGAACAACGUCUUGGAGUUGGCGCCUCGCUUUCUGAAGCUAAAGUAGGGAAGCCGGUGCCAGUGACACGGUCCGAAUUUGUUAUGCGAAAGGAUCUGCCGGGGCGACUUUCAGCAGAUGGUCCAAGGCACGAUAACGAUCAUGAUGAUAUUUGCAAAAUAAGAAUUCUGCCCACACACCAAGAAAUAACGUCUGUCCGUAAUGAAUACCUCCCGACUACAGAUUCAUCUCUGUUUCAUAGACCUGGGAUUCAUGGUCGCCUGGAUAGGGAAUUUCGCCUAUUGCGAGAAGAUACCGUCGGUCAACUUCGAGACGCUGUCAGCUUGCAGCUUGAGGCCAUGCGAAAUCCCAAGCGCAAGCAAAACAACGGGAACAGGAAUGCUCUUCGUACUUACGCCUACGAACAAGCUGCGAUCAUCGACGUUGGAUUUGAUAGAAAUACAGGAAUGGAUUUACUAAUUCAAUUUCGGCAACCUAUAUCCAAGAAGAAUAUCCGCCAACGUCGAGAUUGGUGGGAAAGCUCUAAACGUCUCCAACCUGGCGGUCUUGUCUGUGUCCUUUCCGAAAGCGACAGCGUGCUAUUCUGCGUGGUUGGUGAUGCCACUAUCGUAACAAAGGGACAGAAAGGAAAAGCCAAGGUGGAAGAAAACGAAGGAUCUAAGGAUCUAUCUCUUGCUGACGAUGAAACUUCCGCCUAUGUGCAUUUACAACUCGCCGAAACCCGUCAAAACGAUAUUGGCCAAGCACUACGGUGGUUUCAGGACGUUUCUACCAAAUGGUUGUGUCUAGUGGAGUUCCCUCGCGUCCUUCUUCCCUCAUUUCAGCAUACGCUCAUGGCUCUUCAACGCAUGUCAAAGAAAUCAAGUGUGCCAUUUGACGACUUGCUCGCGCCAAUUGAACAUAAUCCAACGUUUGAUAUCACUAUGGUGGGCCCUCCUCAAUACACAACUAAACGAGGAUUUUCUUUCAACCUUCGAUCCCUCACGAAAGAUGAUACGGAACUGCAACAUUCGCCCCAGAAGCCACUCGACCCUGAAGUGCUAGCAAAACAUUCCGUUCUUGAUCCUACUCAAUCCAAGGCUCUUUUAAAUACGUUAUCGAGGAGGUUGGCGCUGAUCCAAGGCCCACCUGGUACUGGGAAAAGUUUCACCGGCGAGAAAAUAAUCAAAGUGUUACUUGCGAACAAGCGCCAGGCUGACCUCGGGCCCAUCCUUUGCGUAUGCUAUACCAACCACGCCCUUGACCAGUUGCUAGUCCAUUUAAAGCAUGCCAAUGUCAAAAUCAUCCGAAUCGGAUCUAGAUCCAAAUCAGAAGAGCUUGAGGGUGUCAAUCUUCGUGCCGUAGCCCGAAUCGCCGACCGUACCAAGGCUGAAAAGGGAUCCAUGUGGAAUUUAAGUCAAAGUCGGAAUGAGGAUUCUCAAUCAAUAAAAAAUUCACUCCGAGAACUUGCAACCUGUCAAACUCCGAGCACACUUCGCGAUUACCUUCGAAAAAUUCACCCACACCACCAUCAGGCUCUAUUUAGCUUCGAGGACGAAGAAGGAUUUAUACAGGCAGGGCCUCGCAAACCUGGACAACUCCUUGAACAAUGGCUUCAUAGCGGUGGUGAAGACGGUUCACAUCGCGAUAUCAACAGUCUUCUAGGUACUGAAAUCUGGUCUAUGCGCAAAAAUGAACGAUUGCGCCUUUACAAACACUGGCUACGAGAAAUACGCGACCCGCUUGUAAACAACGUUAUCAGCAGAUAUAAGAACUACCAGAGUACCAAGGAUGAGCUAGACAAAGUGUCUCGUGACGUCGAUUUACGAUGUCUACACGAAGCGGAUGUCGUUGGCGUUACGACUACCGGUCUAGCGAGGAACAUCGAGCUUCUUCAGAAAUUGAGAUGCAAAGUUAUGUUGUGUGAGGAGGCGGGCGAGGUUCUGGAGGCACAUACCCUCACGGCCCUACUCCCAUCUGUCGAGCAUGCAAUUCUCAUUGGUGAUCAUCUACAAUUGAGGCCACAGAUAGUAAACUACGAACUACAGAGUACUAGUCAUCGAGGAGCCCAAUACUCUCUCGAUACUUCGCUGUUUGAACGCCUAAUCGAACCUUCGUAUGAUACUGACCCAAGGCUACCAUUUGAUACUCUGGAGACGCAGAGGCGAAUGCAUCCAAGUGUCUCGGAAUUAAUUCGAUCAACUUUAUAUCCUGGACUGGACGACGGCGGUGACGUGCACAAAUACCCUGGUGUUCUUGGGUUGAAGAAGCGCUUAUUCUGGAUGCACCAUGAAUCACCUGAAGAUCAAGCAGCCAAUCCAGAUCCAGCAAACACUUCGCAUACGAAUACUUUCGAGGUUGAAAUGACUAUAGCUCUCGUACAACAUCUCGUCAGGCAAGGAUUAUACGCCGCAGAUGACAUCGCAGUCAUCACCCCUUAUCUAGGACAGUUGAGUCGACUUCGUCGCGAGAUGGAAAAACUGUUUGAGAUCUCUGUUGGCGACCGUGAUAUGGAAGACCUUGAAGCUCUUGACGCAGAGAACGUAACAGACGAGAGCCUGGUUGAUCAACCACAUAAACAACCCGUCGUCAAGAGGACAUUAUUGAAGAGCAUUAGACUCGCCACUGUCGAUAAUUUCCAGGGCGAGGAGGCUAAAGUCGUGGUGGUUUCACUUGUGAGAAGCAACGAAGCGAAUAAAUGCGGAUUCUUAAGCACGUCAAAUCGUAUCAAUGUGUUGUUAUCUCGAGCUCAGCAUGGAAUGUAUCUCAUCGGCAAUGCCAACACCUAUAGGCAUGUUGAUAUGUGGGAUAAGGUAUUGCGAAUUCUGGCGCAAAAUGGGAAUUUAGGGACUGAGUUGGAAUUACAAUGUCCGCGACAUCCUAACCCUGACGAACCACUUCUAGCUUCUAAAGCCGACGAUUUCUUACGACUCGCCCCUGAAGGAGGAUGCAUUCGUCGCUGCGACCGGCGUCUGACAUGUGGGCAUUCGUGUAUCAAUAGAUGCCAUCACGAAGUCCUUCAUAACGCCGUUAAAUGUUUAGAACCAUGUCCUCGGCCCAAGAAGGGAUGUCAACAUCCAUGCAAACUGGUCUGCGGCGACCCUUGUAAACCCCGAUGCGACGAGCGCCUACAAAACCUGAACAUCACUCUUGCUUGUGGCCACAAAAUUUCGUCGGCAUUCUGCUGGCAGGCACAGGAUCCUAAAGUUAUUAUUUGCAAAGAGAUGGUCAAGAAAACUGUUCCUGGUUGUGGUCACAUAGUCGAAGUGCCCUGCAACACAGACGUUAGUCUAGACACUUACAAGUGUGGUCAUAUGUGCCUUGAUCCUCGACCUUGUGGCCACUCUUGCCGCAGUUCAUGCUGGCAGUGUAAGCAGAGGAAAGAUGGUAAGGUCGACAGUACCAACCACGGGAUCUGCAAACAACCUUGCGGACGGCAGUACACGACUUGUCAACAUACUUGCCGACAAGAAUGCCAUGGUGGAACCCAAUGUCCUCUUUGCCCAGCACCCUGCGAAGUUCGUUGCAGCCAUUCAAGAUGCAGUAAAAAGUGCCAUGAGCCUUGCGUACCGUGUGCCAAAGAGACUUGCGAAUCGCAUUGCGUCCAUUCACGAUGUACCAUGCCUUGCGCUGCUCCUUGCGACUGGGUGCCUUGUUCGAAGAGAUGCGACAAGGUAUUGAGUUGCGGACACCGGUGCCCAUCUAUAUGUGGCGAGACAUGCCCCGAUGCGAAGUUUUGCCAGACGUGCUGCUCCGAGUCUAUAAAAUCGCGUGACGUAGAUUUUAUUAUGGGCAUGCAAUACCACGAAGUCGAUCUAGAUGACGAUCCUUGCAUUUUCCCGGACUGUGGUCACUUCAUUACCAUGACGAAUAUGGAUGGCAUUAUGUCUAUGAAAGAUUAUUACGACAUGUCCGCUGAGGGAAAGCCUGCCGCCAUUGCAAAAUCCUCCGAACCUUUUUCAAUGGAUGAGGUCAAAGCCUGUCCCACAUGUCGUGGAUCCCUGCGAAGCGUUGCGAGAUAUGGGCGAAUUGUCCGGCGUGCUAUGCUCGACGAGGCCACCAAGAAGUUUAUUAGUUGGUCCCAAUCGGAGUAUGCUAAACUUGCGGACAAGCUGCUUGAUAUACGGGAGGGCAUAUCGAAGUUCUCGCCUCCCCAGAUUUUGCAGCAAGAUACGAAGUCCAAAAAGAAAAUAUUUUCGACUAGUCGCCUCAAGCCCCUAGGCCUCAUCCGUGAAUGGGUGGGCGGUACCAGAUAUGAUGAAGCUUUCAGGUUCUGGAAUGGAGUCAACAAUUUUAUUGGGCAAGUGAGAAGAGAAGAACAACCCUUGCAACGUGUCCAAGACUUUGUACAACACGCCGCGAAACAGCGAGCAGUUCAAGGAGACUUCGUCCUCGACGAAACGAUCAUCCAAAACAAAGCUCACCUUCUAGCAUGCUCACUCUCCCUAAGAUGCGAUGCCCUUAUUGUAACCGAUUUUAUGGGGCUACGAAAAGACCUACUUGAGUCUCGACCCAAGAUCGAACUAGACUUCUCGGUGCAGAUGAAGGAUUGCGGGAUUAUGGCGGAACGCGCUAUGACGACAAAGCACCCUAGACAAGAAGCCGAGGCUUAUAUCUACUUCGCUCAGUUCUGUGCAUUCAGCCGGGCGCUCACUACUGGUGAUGAAUCGUCGGAAAAUGACUCUAGUAAAGUAAAGAUGGAAAAGUUUAAGGAACAAGGUACCGACUACCUUGUUGCUGCUUGCGCAAUAGUGGAAAAGCACCCAGCUCAGAGCAAGGGCCUAAUGGCCGAGAUCGAGGUUGUAUCAAAGAUGCUUCGCGAUAGUGUGUUCUACGAAAAGGUAUCCGCAGAGGAAAUGCGUGCCGUAUACCGGGCAAUGCAAAAUGAGUUUCUUGGAACGGGACAUUGGUACACAUGUGAGAACGGGCAUCCUUUCACGGUCGGCGAAUGCGGGAUGCCAAUGCAAGAGGCUAGGUGCCCAGAAUGCGGAGCAGCCGUCGGCGGCAGAAAUCAUGCGCCUGCUCAGGGAGUGCAACACGCUGCUGAUAUUGACCGACUUGCUCGUCAAAUGGACGGCAUGGGCAUUAAUUAAGCCGGUGCCCCUAGCUAGUUGCCGUGCUAAUAACGCAGGAUUGUGGACAGGACUCAUAGGGAUAUAAAAAUUUACUUGCCUAUCAAGGUACCGUACCUGGCCAUCCCCCAUAACAUACGAUCAUGACAUGAUUUCGUUCCGUUUUGUAGGAAAUUUAUUCACCA